AUGCGCGUCAUUCUCGCCCUCUGGGCCUCCCUCGUCGCCGCCAAGGAACUCAAGGGCCGGCGCGUGUCCACCUGCGCCAGCGUGGCCAAACGGUGCCUCGCGCGCUGCGAGCUCGAGGGCGCCGAGUACCUGACCCGCCACUCCGACGGCUACUCCCACAAGCAGCUCGGGCGGUGCCUCGACUUCUGCGAGGAGAACAUGUGCCCGGGGCGGGUCGAACCGACGUCCUGGGCCGCGCCCGACGCGACGAAACCGAAGCUGGACCCCGCGGAGACGACGUACGCGCCGCGGGCCGUCGGCGCGGGCCGCGCGCUCGUCGCCGUGCCCCGCGGCGGCGGCGCCGUCGUCCUCUCGUGGCGCCGCCUCGCGCGCGACGGGCCCAGCCCGUCCUACGAGGUGCGCCGGCGGACGCGGGGCGGCGCCUUCGAGGUCCUCGCGACGGUCCCGACGACGUACUUCGCGGACGCGGCGGACCCGAAGAAGGCCUACGACUACGUCGUCGCCGCGACGGCCGGCGCGCUCGCGGGCGCGCCGUCGCGCCGGGCGCGCGUCGCCGCGGGCGCCAAAGCGCGGGCCUACGUCGAGCUCGCGCCGAGCGACGCCGCCAUGAACGCGACGGGCCGGCCGAAGAUCCCCGUCGUGAGCAACGCGCUCUUCGCGGACGUCGACGGCGACGGCGAGGUCGAGGCCGUCGUCUGGCACCAGACGGGCUCCGACGCCGACGGCAGCAAGCGCUACGGCAUCAGCGCCGUCUGGCUCGACGGCUCCGGCCUCGUCAGGGCCUACGACAACGACCUCGGGCAUCCCGUACAAGCCGCGACGGACAAGGGCUGGGUGAACGUCGAGAGCCCCAAGGGCGUCGCCCUCAAGCAGGCGCCCGGCGGCGAGACGAGCCUCUGGAGCCGGCCGCGGGCCGCGGGCGACGUCGACGGCGACGGCCGCGAGGAGAUCUGGACCGUCGCGCGGAACGACCGCGGCGCGUGCGAGUACGUGCUCCUCAAGGACGAGUCCACGAAGAAGCAUCCGAAGCGCCACCUCGCCAAGGUCGCGUCCGUGCCGUCGCCCUACCCGCUCUGCGACGGCGCGGACAACUCGCGCCACGACGCCUUCGUCGCCGCGCUCGACGGCGACGCGAGCCGCGUGUCUCUGGGCGUGAUGGGCGGCCGCCACGAGCCGUGGCGCGCCUUCGUCUUCGACUUCCGCGACGGCAAGCUCGCGCCGCGCUGGGACGCCGGCGGCGGCACGGCGACGGAGCGCGGCGGGACCGCGGCGAUGGCCAACGGCCAGACGAGCCACAACGUCGCCGUCGUCGACGUCGACUGCGACGGCCGCGACGAGAUUCUCGCGGGCGCGACGGUCCUCGACGACGACGGGUCCGUGCUCUGGGACGCGAACGCCUGGUUCGGCGCGUCGGCCCACGUCGACGGCCAGGUCGUCGACGACAUCGACCCGGCGAGCCCCGGCGCCGAGGUGCUGCUCUUCUCCGAGACCGGCCCGGAGUGGGGGCUCUACCGCGCGGCGGACGGCUUCCCGCUCGUGGAGCGCGCGGGGCCCGAGUUCCACCUCCAGUGGAACCUGGCCGUGAACGUGUCCGGCGGCCCGGGGCUGGACGUCGUCGGCACCUUCGGGGGCCACUUCGUCACCGGCGGCUUCGCCUACGACGUCGCCCGGCGGAAGACGAAGGCGUACCCGUUCGGCGCGUGGCCCCGCGAGGCCCACAACUGGUACCCCAUCGACUGGGAUGUGGGCCACGAGACGGCCUUCUUCGGCUACCACACGCCGGCGCGGCGCCGCCGCGCGGCGGCCGUCUCCGCCGCGGACGAGCAGCGGCCCCGCGUCUUCGGCCGCGGCGGGAAGCUCCUCGCGGAGAUCAACGGCGACGGCGACGGCGUCGUCCUGCGCGCCGUGAGCAACGCCGUCGACGUCGUCGGCGACCACCGCGAGGAGGUCGUCGUGCAGAUGGUCGACGGCAGCGUCCGCGCGUACCUCAACGUCGACCCGCUCGCGACGCCGCCGGAGCCGACGAAGCUCGAGGACCCCCACUACCGCCGCUUCCUCGCCCACGGCGCCUACCCGAGCCACGUCGCCGCCCUCGGCGUCGGCACGUGCGACAACCUGAAGCCGUCGCCGGCGACGACGGACCGCGCCUACGACGCGCGCGACUCGCCGGACGUCCGCGCGGACCUCGACGCCGCGCGGUCCGCCGCGGCCGCGGCCGCGGGCGCCGCGCGGGCGACGCACGAGGCGCGGGCGCGGUCCUUCGCCCGCGAGCUCCAGCUCGUCGAGCUCCAGGAGCAGCUCCGGCGGGACAUCGCCGCGGCCGACGGCGAAAAGCCCGGGCCGGAGACGCCGCGCCGCGGCGACCGCGCGCAGCCCCUCGUGCACACCUGCGGCCAGGGCCGCUUCGGCUUCUGCUUCCCCGAGGACUCCGUCAUCGGCGGCCUCAUCCGCGACGAGGACCGCCGCCACAACAGGACCUCGGGCCGCGGGAACUUAGGGAGAGGCUUCAAGGUCGCAGCACCCUUGACCCUUCCGAUCCUGGACAACGCGGCGGGCGUGAAGAGCAAUGGCCGCGCUCUCCCAGGGCUGCCCCCAGUGAUGGAGGGCGUCGCGACGCGGCGCGCGACGCUGGCGGCGAGCCGCGCGACGGCGCCGCUGCCCAAGUUCCGCGGGCCGGAGCAGCUGCCGCCGCGGCUCCCGGGCUUCUCCGGUGCGGCGGCGGCGCCGGCGCCGGCGCCCGCCGACGACGACGACGCGCUGCUGCCCGGGGAGGCGUCGGUCCUCGACGGCGGCGUCGACGACGACGACGACGACGACGACGCCCUGCUGCCCGGCGACGCGCCGGAGCCGCGGGGCGAGCCGCUCAUCGGGCUGCCCCUCGACGUCGUGCUCCGCGCGCUCCUCGCGAACAACGCGUCCGCGGCGCUGGCGCUGCGCGCGGCGUCGUCGGCCUGGCGCUACCGCGUCAACUUCCUGAGCCCGCGCCUGCGGCCGGCGCUCGGCGGCGACCUCGAGCGGAGCCUGGAGAGCCUGCGGCGCGCGACGGAGACGCUGCCGACGGCCAAGGCGCUCCGCUUCAGCGAGCGGCGGCCCGGGUCCUGGACGUCCGGCGCCCUCGGGGCCCUGCGCCUGCUCCUGCGGCCCUGGGCGCGGCGCCGCGGGCCCGAGGACUGGCGGGGCCUCCUCGCGGCCGCGCGGGGCUGCGCGGCGUCGACGCGCGCGUGCCUCACAGGGCAGCAAAAGGGUGAUUCAACGUGCCUCAACGUGCUCCUGGCAAUCGACGUCGACGACGCGCGCGCCGUCGCGGCGCGGGCCGACGACUUCGACGCGGCCCACGCGCUCCUCGCCGACGAGCUCGAGGCGGACCGGGGCAUCGCGGCCGCGCGGCGCGGCGUCCGGGAGCGACGCGCGCGACGAGGCGCCCGAGGCGAUGUUUGGACGAGCCGGUGGCUCUCGGAGAGCGUCGCGUCGAACCUCGUCCCAUGUCAGGCGCGGUGCUACGCCAUGGACCGGUCGUUCGCGGCGUCGGCGGUCCGCGUCUGGGCGGCGGCGGCGCUCGCGCUGCGCCGGUCCCUGGACGUGGAGGCCUGCGGCCGCCUGCGGAACCACGCCAUCCUCGACGCGCUCGUCGUGCUCCACAGCCGGCACGAGGGCAUCCUGCCGUCGCCGCGGCGCGUGCGCCGCGCGCCGCCGCUCCGCGCGUACCUCGAGAGCUCGCGGCGCGGCGUGCUGGGCCAGCGGUGCCCGGCGCCGCCCGAGGACCUGACGGCGCUCGACCCGCUGGUGCCGCGAUAUGACCUCGCCGACGGCGAGCACCGCGACGACGAGUCGGCCUACGAGAGCAGCUACGCGGGGAGCGACGCCGGCUUCGGGCCGGGCCCGGCGGGGCCGGGGCUCUUCGACGACUCGCACACGAUCUGCACGCCCGGCGGCGUCUCCGCGGGCGGCGAGUCCUUCUCCCUGGGGCGGGGCGAGUACGUCACCGCGCCGCUCCGGUCGACGACGGCGGCGGGCGCGGACCGCUUCGUCGCCGCGCACGUGUCGCUGGACGCGCCCGACGGCUUCGGGUCCACGGUGCGGUCCCUGGGCUCUUUGACGGCCGCGAAUUCGACCUGGGCCAGCGGCUCGCACCGGCGGUGCGUCCUCGACCGCCCCGCGACGACGUCGAGCCUGAGCCGGCUCAGCGGCGGCAAAUUCGAGAACCCGACGGUGGACUCCAUCUACGACUCGGCGCACCACGCCUACCGCACGUACCGGUCCAUGCGCAUGGACGGGCGGGCGGCCUUCGACCUGUGCCUCAAGGAGCGCCUCGCGUUCGUCGGCGACCACGGGAACCCCGCGCGCCAGUCGUUCGACGUCGCCGAGUCCGCGGAGAAGGCGCGGCUGCCCUCCGUGCUGCACCUGCCGGAGCCCGCGAGCCACGAGCUGCCCGCGCCGCCGGGCCACCGGCCGUCGACGAUCAAGCGCAUGGGCGCGGCCAUCGACCGCGUCUGGCCCGAGGCGCCGCCGCCCGAGUUCCCCGCGGAGCGCGGCCUCGUCGAGGCCGACGCGCCCCUCUACCGCAAGCCCCUGUCCACCGUGCGCGUGCUCCACCCCUGCCCCUUCGGCUGCCCGGCGCUCCUCGAGCUCCGGCACAAGCCGCGCCACUGCGAGCGCGACUGCCCCCGGAGGCCCGUCCGCUGCCGGUCCUGCAGCGCGACGCUCCGCGCCGAGGAGCUCGCGGACCACGCGGAGCGCACGUGCCCGGGCUGGGCGCGGACCUGGCGCCAGAAGGCGCUCAUGACGCGGCUCAAACAGCAGGCGCACCUCGUCGCCGACGUCAUGGCGCUCGCGCGCCACGACGAGCCGCUCCGCUGCGCGCCCGUGCCGGCGCCCGUCGCCACGGCCGGCGCGCCCGCGCCCGCGCCCGGGCGCGCGCGCCGCGGCGGCGAGCGGUCCGCCCCCUUCCAGGAGCCGCCGUCGUCCGACGACGGCACGCCGCGCGCGCUCUUCGGAACCGCGGGCAGGCCCCAGCUCCCGGCCGUCGUCGGCGGCGCGCCCGCGCCCGCGCCGCGAGGGGCGCUCAUCGUUCUCGGCUCGGCCUGCGUCGCCGCGGACGACGCCUACGCGGCCCCCGACGCCCCGACCGUCGAGUUCUCGCCCGUGGUGCCGUCGCGGGUCUCGCCCUCGAACCCCUUCACGCUCGAGGCGCUCGUCCGCACGGGCGGCGCCGCGGCGACAAUCGAGUGGUCCGCGGACGUCGACGACGCGGCCCUGCUCACGCGCCGGCGCGCCGUCGUCGACGCCGGCUAUGUCUACCUCAAGCUCCGCGCCGGCGUCCUCGCGCCGGACGCGAAUUACAUCUUCACGCUCACGGCAUCGACGCCGUCGGGCGAGUCCGCCGCGUCCGUCGCCGUCGCGACGAACGCGCCGCCGGCCGGCGGCUCCUUCGACGUCUCGCCGCGCGCGGGCGCCGCGCUCGACGACUUCCGGUUCUCGCUCGAGGGCUGGGCCGACGACGACCCGCCCCUCGUCUACGCCUUCGCGCACGUCGGCCGCCGCGGCGUCCGCGUGCCGCUCGUGUCGAACGCGACGGCCGCCUCGUACGCGGCGACGCUCCCGCGCGGCCUCCGCCGCGGCGUCGGCGCCGUCACCGACGGCCUCGGCGCCGCGGCCGUCGCCGACGUCGAACGCCUCGCCGUGGCCGCCGCCGCGCCGGCGACGGUCGCGGACCUCGAAGCCGCCGUCGACGCCGCCGUCGCCGACGCCGUCGCCGCCGGAGCGUGGGGGCGCGCCAUCGCGGUCGUCAACGCGGCCCACGAGGAGGCCGUCGCCCGCGGCGCGGCGUCCGACGACGACGUCCGGGCGCUGCGCGAGGGCCUCGUCGCCCACCUGCUGUUCAUCGCGGAGCACGAGCAGCCGCUCAAGAUCUUCGAGGUCAAUCGCCAGGCAGCGUGCGUCGCGGUUUUGACGGAGGACGCCGACCAGCUCGGCGACGGCAGCCAGGCCUCGGCGCUCACGGUCGUGAGCCUCGUGUCCGAGUGGAGCGCCCGCAAGGGCGUCGUAAGCGGCACGGCUCCCGGCAUCUUCGACGCGCUCGCGGCGCUGCUCGGCGCGGGCGCGCUCGAAACGGAGAGCGGCGAUAUCUGCGCGGACCGCGGGUUCCCGGGCGCCAAGGUCACGCGCUGCGCGUCGGAGGAGUUCGCGUUCGCUUCGGCGAUCGACGACCUCGGCGUCGCGCUCGCCAAGGAUCUCGUGCCCGGCGAGGAGCCGGCGGCCGUCGCGUCGCCGGGCGCCGCGCUGCGCGUGGCGCGCGUCGAGACCGCGGACGCCGUCGACGUCGACUUCGCCGCGUCCGACGAGCCGGGGGCGUCGUCCGCGCGCCUGCCGGCGGCCUGGGCCGACGGCGCGACGCUCGUCGACGUCGCCGUCGCCGAGCUCGACGCGAACUCGCGCCCGACGCUGCCGGCGCGCGUCGACACGCGCGUCGUGCGGGUGACGACCGCGCGGUUCCCCGACGCCGCGGUCCCCGGCGCCGCGCGCCGGCUCCGGGGCGGCCGCGCGCCGACGCUCGUCGUCACCGUCCGGCGGUCCGCGCCGCUCGAGUCCUGGGACUACGAGCUCGAGGUCGACUGCUCGGCGCCCGACGCGGCCGCCGCCUGCCGGGGCGCGACGGCGGCGGAGACGCGGGCCCGGGCCUGCGCGCUCGCCGGCGACGCGGGCGCGGCGAUCGUGCGCUGCUCGUCGGCGACGACGGAGACGUGCCUGCGGUACGUGAACGGCGCGGCGGACUGGGACGCGGAGGCGUGCGCCGCGACGGCGUCGACGGCGGACGCGACGGCGUGCGAGUGCCCGGCGAUCGACGGCGGCGCGGACUACGCGGCGACGACGAACCAGGAAGCGCAGCUGGCCUACGUCCGCCGGUCGUUCGCCGAUCCCCUCGACAAGAAGCUCGCGACGAGCUCGAUUCCCCUCGUCAAACUGUUCGCGGGCUUCGCGGGCUUCUGGCUGCUCGUCCUCGUCUGGGGCGUUUGGGCGGACCGGCGCGCCGCCGCCGCGGCGGCGCGCGAGGCCGGCGCGAAGCGGAGCGCGAGCCAACGGCGCGUGGACGCGCUCGCGGCGGCGAUCGGCGGGCUCGGCGGCGCCGCGGAGGACGCGUACAAGGAGAAGAGCCGCCAAGCGCACGUGCUCGGACUCCGCGCGUCGCUGCCCGUGGCGGUCGCCAAGGGGCCCGUGGGCCGCGAGCGCGCCGGGGGCUUGCCUUUGCUGAGCCUCGCGAUCGAGAGCGUGAAGCUCCGGCACCCCUGGUUGAGCGUCUUCUACGUCUACGACGCGCGCCGGAGCCGCGCGGCCCGCGCGGCGCUCGCGCUCCUGGACACCCUCGGCAUCAUCUUCUUCACGGCGAUCGUCUACUGGUUCCAGAACCCGAGCGGCCUCUGCGAGGCGCAGGACGACGAGUCGUCCUGCGAAAACGUCCGGAGCUCCGCGGCCUUCGGCGCGGAAAAGAUGUGCGCGUGGGACCCGGACUACGACGACGCCUGCCACUUCCGCGAGCCAAACGACACCAAGGCCUUCUUGCUCGACCUCGAGGAGGCCUUCUUCUGCGUGCUCCUCGUGCUCCCCUUCAUCCAGCUCGUCGACUACGUCUCGGAGCGCUACCUCUUCGCGCCGCUCGCGGGCCAAGGCAGCGCGCGCGACGACCGGGCCGCGCGCGACGCCCGGGCCGCGAAGGACGCGGGCCGGCGCCUCUUCGACAACCUGGGCGUCGACGCGGCGCCGGCCGGGGACGCGGCGUCGAACGCCGCGCUCGCGCUCGACCGGGCGUGCUUCCUCGUCCUCGCGCAGCGGCGCGAGAUCGAGGACGCGCUCGGCGACGCGACGACCGGCGACGACGCCGCGGCGCUGCGCCGGCUGCUCGCCGCGCACGGCGCCUUCUGGUCCGUCGACCGCGGCGCCGCGUUCCCGCGCCGCGUCCGCGCGCGCCUCGAGGCCCAGCUCGCGGCCGCGGCGCGCUGGGGCGGCGGCCUCGGCGACGCGGACGCGGCCGCGCGCCACGUCGCGCUCGCCCGGCUCCAGUACGCGGGCGCGCUCCGCCACCCCGUCGAGUCGGCGCUGUUCACGGCCCAGGGCCGCCACGGCUUCGCCGCGGGCGACGGCUUCGGCGACCUGCACCGGGCCCCGGCGGCGCCGGCGCCGCGCGCGGCCAAGGUCGCCGUCGCCGUCGCGCUCGGCCUCGUCGGCCUCGGCAUGCUCGUCGUCCUCGCCUUCUUCUCGCGCGCGACGGGCCGGGCCGAGAUGCGCCUCUGGGUCGUCUGGGUGUUGCGCGUCGUCGCGACCGUCGCACUCGUCGUGCUCCCGGCGCACGUCGUCUUCCUGGAGAUGGCGCCGCGGCUCCUCGAGGCGCGCGUCGCGCACGUCGGGGACCCGUUCCUCGUGCCCCGCCUCGACUACAGGCACGAGCUCCGCGUCGCGGCCGUCGACCUCGCGGACGCGGACGCCGUCGCCGCGGUCCUCGGCGCGGACGUGCUGCCCCGGCGCGUCGCGCGCAAGACGCGGGCGCGCCGCGCCUCGCUCCCCGUCGCCCGCGCGGGGGGCGCGGCGGCCGCGCCGCCCCGGAGGGCCGCCUCGCUCCCCGCCGAGGCGCCGCCGUCGGUCGCGUCCGUCGCGGCGUCGCUGCCGGCGCUCCGGGCCGAGGCGGACCGCGACGCCGGCGGCGACCGCCGCGACCCCGGCGUCGACGACGCGACGGCGCGGCGCCGCGCGAACCGCGCGCACCGCGAGGUGGCCGGCUGGAGCCGCGGCCGCGUCGAGGACGUCGCGCGGGAGAUGGCCUGGGCGCCGCCCCGGGCCGUGAAGCUGCCCCUCUUCGUCCUGGGCCUCUUCCUGGCGAUGCACACGGAGCUCCAGGUCGUCGUCUUCGAGGAGUUCGUGAACAUCCUCUGGCUCUGCGUCGGCCUCGCCUUCGCGGGCCUCGUCCGCCGCGCGCGCGCGUCGCCCGCGGCCGUCGGCGCCGUCGCCGCGGGGGCCGCGGCCCUCGUCGCGGCGUUCGCGUACGCGCUCUGCUGCCGCGCGCGCCGCCGCCGGAGCCUCCCCGCCGCCGUGGCGCUGUCGUCGUCGGACACGCGCCACGGGUCCUUCCGGGGGCUCGAGGGCGUCGGAGCCGAAGCCGGAGAAGCCGAAGCCGGCGACGGCGGCCCGGAUCGCGACCGCGGCGAGGACGACGACGAGCGCGCGCCGCCGCCGUUCCUCGCAUCCCUGCCGGAGCGGCUCACGGGCAGCGUCCGGAAGCUCCUCGGCCGGCAGCGCACGGGCACGCGGCGCGGGAGCAGCGCCAUGCCGGCCGUCGUCACGCCCGCGAAGGCGCCGCGGACGGCGCCGCGGGCCGAGGCGCCGGGCGACGGCGGCCUCGCGGCGGACGGCUUCGUCGUCCUGCCCGUCUUCGGCGCCGCGGCGGCGGCGGACUGGCGGGCGCGGCUCGUCGCGGCGCUCAAGGCGUCGCCGGAGCUCGACGCGGGCGUCGCGCGGUCGCCGGGCGUCCCGGCGCUCGUCGGCGGCGGCUUCGGCGCGCUGGGCCACGCGUCGUCGUUCCACAACGGCGUCGUCCGCGCGCUCCGGCGGGUGAUCCAUCCCGUCGGCGCGCGCGCGCUCGCGCCGCUGCGCCGCGGGCGGCGCCUCGAGCAGCUCCUGGACCGCGCCAUGCUCCGCGCGCCGGGCCGCGCGGCGGCGGCCGAGUCGUGGCACCGCGACGUCGCGGUGUCGGCGGCCGCGGGCGACGACGUCUUCGGCGGCUGGCUCAACCUCGACGCCGUCGCGAGCGAGUUCGUCUGCUGCCCGGGCACGCACGGCGACGACGCGGCGGGUGCCGCGGGCUUCUCGCCGCUCGGCGACGCCAAGGCCUGGGCCGCGCGGAGCGCGACGGUCGCGGUGCCGCCGGGCCACCUCCUCGUCUUCUUCGAAACCAUCGCGCACCGCGUCGCGAGCCGCAAGGCGCCGCCCGCCGGCGUCGUGCGCCUCUUCGCGGGCUGGCGCCUCACGGCGUCGGACGCGCCGCUCAUGGGCGCCGGCGCGCUCGCGUCGGUGCUGGCGGACCAGGCCGUGCCGCAGUUGAAGUCGGGCCAGACGCCCGCGCUGUACCCCGUCCUGUACUGGACGAACCACCGGCGCCUGCUGCCGCCCCUCGCGAUGCACUUCCGCGAGGAGCUCCGCGUCGUCCGCACGCUCAAGCGCAAGCGCGGCGACGACCGGCCCGAGGAGCGCGUCGUCUGCCCGCCGCGCCACGCGGCGAGCCUCCGCGCCUGCGGCCUCCCGCUCUACCCGGCCUACGACGACGACGAGAUCGCGCUGCUGACGCCCCAGCCCCCGGAUGACGACGACGUCGUGGCGGUCGUGACCCAGGACGCGGAGUAG